CCCAUCUCCACUUGCGCGAGAAUUGCUUGGAAGAGAAGCAAGCGCAUUGGGCUGGCGACGCGGCCGCCAUGUCGUCGUCGUGGGCCUCAUUCGCGAGCCAGGUCAAACAGGCAAAGGGCAAGGAUGUUGAGCCAUCCGCGUCCGCGCAAAAGGGCCAAGGUCAGAGCCAGGUCAGCGCCUCGUCGUUCCUCAACCUCAAGGCGGACCUGGCCGCUUCUUCGUCUUCUUCUUCAUCGUCGUCUUCGUCAUCAAGAAAGAGGAAACAGGAUGAGGGGGUCGACUUUCUCUCGAGGCCAGACCGGAAGCUGCCCGCCUUUCUGCGCCCCUCUCCCGGCGUAGUAGCCCGGGCAGCCAGGGACGCCAAGCCAUCGUCGUCGUCGUCGUCGUCGUCGUCGUCGUCCAGACGAACAGCGACGUCGUCGUGGGCGAGCACGCCCUCUGCGCAGCUCGAUGCAGCCAGGGCAGCACUGGAGCGAAAGGCAAAGAUCUACGACAAGCUAAAGAGGGGCAAGACGGCGGGCUGGGACAAGAACAAGCUCAGCGAGUCGGUCAUUGACUGGGACCGCAAGGGCUGGCAAGACGGCGACGAGGACGAGGAGGACGAGGGGCACUACGGGGGAAGCAGAGGUGGCGUCGGCGGGGAGGAGAAUGACGACGAGCCGAUGGUCGAGUACGAAGACGAAUUUGGGAGGCUGAGGAGGGUGCCCAGGAGCGAGGUGCCGAGAGACGUGCUUCGACGACAGGAGAUGGAGGAAGAGAUGCGAGAUCAGGGACCGGCCCUGUAUGGUCCGCAGUCGUCAUUCCCCGUCUAUCAACCACCGUCGCUGAACAGCCGGGGCACUGGUGCUGGUGCUGCUACUGCAGCCGGCAAGGCAGGUGAAUACCAGCGAGAGGCACCCUCCCACUUUGACGCCUCGUUCGAGAAGCGACAUCGGGGCGCAGGCUUCUACCAAUUCAGCCAGGACGAGGAAACAAGGAGCAGGGAGAUGGACGCCCUCAGAGAGGCCCGUGAUGAGACGCAGAGAGCAAGGGCGGACAUGUCCGCCGAGAGGAGCGCGUCGAUCGGAGAGCAGAGACGGGAGCAGAGGCUCGAGCUUGUCCGAGCCCGGCAGAGAGAGAUGGAGGCCAAGAGGGCCGCAUACAUGCAUCAAUGAGCGCCCAUUCACUGUACUGUUGUAUUAUUACUACAUCCACACCACAUGUGCUCGUCCACAAUACAAAUACAAAGCAGGCGGCUUG